AUGCCAAACCCAAAGCACCUUCUUCAGUGUACUCUCUUCCUCUCGUUACUUCUUCAGGCUGUGUGUAAAUCCACGAUCGAGCCAUGCUCCAACUCCGACUCAUGCAACGCCCUUCUAGGAUACACCCUCUACACUGACCUCAAAGUCUCGGAAGUGGCUUCUCUCUUCCAAAUCGACCCCAUCGCUCUUCUCACCGCGAAUGCCAUCGACAUCUCCUACCCCGACGUCGAGCACCACAUCCUCCCUUCCAAGCUCUUCCUCAAGAUCCCCAUCUCGUGUGCCUGCGUUGAUGGCAUUCGCAAGUCCGUCGCCACGCACUACAAGACGCGCCCCUCCGACACCCUCUCCUCCAUAGCCGACUCUGUCUACGGCGGCCUCGUCUCCUCCGACCAGCUCCGCGAGGCCAACUCUAUUCCCGACCCGUCCGUCCUCGAUGUGGGGCAGAACCUCGUUGUGCCUCUCCCCUGCACCUGCUUCAAUGGCUCCGACAACUCUCUCCCCGCCAUUUACCUCUCUUACGUUGUUCGACCCGUCGAUUCCCUCGCUGCCAUUGCUGCCAGGUACUUCACCACGCUUACGGAUUUGAUGAAUGUCAAUGCCAUGGGAAGCACUGCCAUUAACGACGGUGAUAUCCUUGCUGUUCCAAUACCUGCCUGUGCCUCUAAUUUUCCUAAGUCCGCCGCUGAUUUUGGUUUGCUUGUCCCUAAUGGAAGCUAUGCCAUUACGGCGGGGCACUGUGUCCAGUGUAGCUGUGGGCCGAGAAACUUGAAUUUGUACUGUAUGCCGGCUUCUCUUGCUGUUUCUUGCUCCAGCAUGCAAUGUAGAGGCAGCAACCUUAUGCUUGGGAAUGUUACAGUGCAGCAAACUAGUGGUGGUUGCAAUGUUACUUCUUGCAAUUAUGAUGGAAUUGUUAAUGGCACCAUAGUAACUACGUUGUCCCCUUCUCUUCAGCCUCGAUGUCCAGGUUCACAGGAAUUCCCUCCUCUAGUUGCCCCACCUACCACCGUUGCAAAAGACACAGUGUUUGCACCAGCACCAGCACCACUGUUCGAUGGAGCAGGUCCUACAUCACCCAUAUCCUCACUGGUUCCUUCGACGGGGCUUCCAGGAUUCUCUCCUGCAAAUGGCCCUAUUAGCGGCCUUUCUUCUGGUGCUUCCGCUGCAUGUUCUUUGGUGAAACCAUUACCCACUUUGACGUAUGCACUUGUGUUGUUGUUUGUCAAGUUGAUGAUACCCGCGGCAUUGUAA